UUUAGUCAUGGAAAUGGAUCUGUAUUUUCUUGUCAAGGUAUAAAACUUUGUGUGGAACAUUUUCUGCAAAGAGGGCAUAAUAAGAUUACAGUAUUUGUACCUGGAUGGAGACAAAAGAAAGGAACUGCUGCUAAUCCUAUUAGGAAUCAGGAAAUUCUUGAAAAAUUGAAGACAGAAGGUUAUUUAGCUUUUACACCACAUAAACAGCUACCAAGUGGUCAGCGAGUAGCUAGUUAUGAUGACAGGUUUAUAUUAGAUUUAGCUGAUAAAGAAGAUGGAGUUAUUAUAUCUAAUGAUCAGUAUCGAGAUUUCUUCAAAGAUAAAGCUAGUUAUAGAAGAUUGUUAGAAGAAAGAUGUAUACCGUAUGUGUUUGUUGGGGAUAAUUUUAUGUUACCUGAGGAUCCCUAUGGACAGCAUGGACGAUCUUUGGAUGAUAUUUUA